CGGAAGCCAGUUGCUACGUAUCUUCUUCCGACAGAUAGUCCUUUAAAGGCGUAUUUAAAGCCCUGGCUUCAGUUGCAGGAGUAGCGGACAACCUAUGCAACAAAAGCCGCCGCGGAGCCGAGCGACUCUCCGAUAGCUCAGCGGACAACAAACACGAAGCCGGCGGCUGACACAACCCGGCGAGGUACGACUGCAGGCCUUAAGAUCGCAGCCUGGACCAAGAAACGACGUCUCAGAGACAUUUAUGAAGCUUUCAAGGCCUUUUGAUUGAUCAGCCAAUCGAUGGGGAUUUUCAGAGGAGCUCCGCCAACCUUUGCCACCUGCCCUCAUCCUCCUCCCCCCUCCCGCCGUGGCCUCCUCCUUGCCCCUACCCACUCCGUCAUCCAGCCCUCCAUCCUGCCCUCUAUACAAAAAAUGACUCUGGAACUCACCGAAUGGUCUUCUAUAUGGAUUUUUACUGCUUGUAAUAGACAGUAAGAAAAAGAGGGUGAAAACCUCAAUGACAAAAAAGCCAUAAACAUAUACACUACACACACACACACACAUGCACACACACACACACAUGCGCACACUAACACACCAACACACCUGACCCACACUGAAAGAAGCAAAUGCACAAAUUCAUUCUUGGAAUGUACCACUCACGCUUCCUGUGAAGUUUCAACUGCUUCCAUUAUUUUUUGGGGAUUUUUCUAGAAGCCUUUGGAAAGCCGAUUUUAAUAGUUUUUUUCGACUCCAGUGGGGAAAACAAAGGAGGAUUUAAAGCUUGUUGAAGCUGCAGUGUUUUUGGAGGACAACUUGUUUAGAGAACAACUGACUGCUGAUUGUUUUUCUGCUUUUAUUCAGUGUCCACAGCCUAUUGGAUUUAAGCAGUUUUAGAUUUUAUUACCUUGCAUGCUGGGACACUAUCUGUUACCUUUUUUUUUGUUUGUUUGUUUUUGAACACCAUUAACUGGUGAUUAUUCUUUGAAAACAAUAAUUGAUUAAUUACUAUAUAACUAGUAAGUUACUACUACAGGCUGCAAUUUGUAGCUAAACAUUGUAUUUAAGUUACUUCCAGGAAGCCACUACUAGUUUUAAAGUAGUUUUUCCUUUUAGCUGCAGCUGCAGGUGACUGUUCUCAGAUUUUUCUGUGUGUUAGUAGGGGUGCGCUUGCUUUUUUUCAUUGCGUGCAUGCCCUCCACCAUGCCUCCCCAGAACACAGAGGCUGACGCUAUGCAGGUCGGAUCUGUGGUGGGUGGGGUUAAUGCCAAAAACUCCUCACCAUCAGGGUCGGAUGAGGAGAAAGGAGGAGCAGGAGGCGAGACGGAUGGAUCGGGACACGGCGGAGGCAGAGGAGGUGGAGGAGGAGGAGGUGGUGGAGGUCAAGGAGGGGAGGAGUCAGCGAGCGAGGGCUCAAUCGAAGGCAUAUCCGUGAAAAGAUGGGUGAUGCAUGGAGCUGUGAUGUUCGGCCGGGAGUUCUGCUAUGCCAUGGAGACGGCGCUGGUGACCCCCGUCCUGCUGCAGAUAGGUCUUCCAGAGCAGUACUACAGUCUGACGUGGUUCCUCAGUCCGGUUCUCGGCCUCAUGUUCACUCCUCUUAUUGGCUCGGCCAGCGACCGCUGUACUCUGCGAUGGGGCAGGAGGAGGCCAUUCAUCCUGGCUCUCUGCAUAGGAACGCUGAUAGGAGUGGCUCUGUUUCUGAAUGGAUCUCUGAUAGGUCUGUCUAUGGGCGACGAGCAGGGAACACAACCAAUAGGAAUUGUUCUUACUGUGCUGGGCGUGGUGGUGUUGGACUUCUGUGCAGACGCAACAGAGGGACCAAUCAGAGCAUACUUGUUAGACGUGGCGGACACAGAGGAACAAGACAUGGCGCUCAACAUCCAUGCUGCCUCGGCAGGUCUUGGUGGCGCGGUCGGUUAUGCUCUAGGAGGUUUAGACUGGACACACACUUUCCUUGGAGCAGCCUUCAAGUCCCAGGAGCAGAUCCUGUUCUUCUUCGCUGCCAUCCUCUUCUCUGUCUCUGUGGUGUUACAUCUCUUCAGCAUCGAGGAGCAGCAGUACUCGCCCCAACAUGACAGGCUGGACCAGGAGAGUCCAGAGUGCGCCAACACCCAACCAUCGGCCAAUGGCAGGACUGGGCUUUUUGCACCCAAGCUGGAAUUAAUUGGAGAAAAUGAAACAAUGGACACCUACGACCUCUAUGACCCCUACGGAGACGACCAGUCAGAGCAUGGGGAUAUGGACAUGGACUUCCUAGAGAUGGAGCUUGUGAGAAGUAAAAGUGACAGCGUUCUCGCCAUGGCAGAUGCCACUCUGGACCACCUGGACCAUGACGCGUUGUUCCUGUGCCACCUGGAGCCAUCCAUUUUCGCUGACCGCCUCUCACCUUAUCACGGCUCGCCUCCUACGACCUCCUUCUUCAACCUCAAUCGCAGCACUCCACCCCCUCGGUUUGGCAACAUCAGACGCAGCAGCAGUGCAGGAAGUCAGGACCUGCUACGGCUCCAAGCCAACAACCACCAGGUGCACGCUCCCACCUCCAGGAUUUCACGCGUCUCGGCUUUCUUACAGGAAAUGGAGAAUGACGACGGUCAGGAGGCGUUGCUGAACAACCAGCUCAAUGAGCAGCGGACACUGAACGGGCGGCUGUUAGCCAGUGUAACUAAUGCUGAUAGAGUUAGCACGAACAGGCUGAGUUCUAAGGGACAAGCACAUCGCGCUGGAAUGGUCAAAGCUGCCAGUACCGGAGCCCCAAUGCGGCAGUCACGCCACCGUCACACCUUCUAUCGCCAGCCGUCCUGCACCUUCUCCUACUACGGUCGAGUUGGGAGCCACCGCUACCGUUACCGGCGGGCCAAUGCCGCUUUCCUCAUCAAGCCGUCCCGCAGCAUGAACGACCUGUACGAAGUGGAGGCCAGACACAGGAGGAGGAGCAGACAGAGGAAGAGACACCGCAGCGGAAACACCAACUCUUCCAGUGGUGACACAGAGAGCGAAGAGGGAGAGGUCGAGACCACCGUACGGCUGCUGUGGCUCUCCAUGUUGAAGAUGCCUCCGGAGCUGCUGCGACUGUGUGCCUGUCACCUGCUCACCUGGUUCUCCAUCAUCGCUGAGGCUGUCUUCUUCACUGACUUCAUGGGACAAGUCAUCUACCAUGGAGAUCCUACUGCUCCUUCCAACUCUACGUUAUUGGAAAGUUAUCACAGAGGAGUUCAGAUGGGAUGUUGGGGGCUGGUUAUAUAUGCCAUGACUGCAGCUACAUGUUCAGCCAUCCUUCAGAAGUACCUCGACAACUUUGACCUGAGCAUUAAGAUCAUCUACAUCCUGGGAACACUUGGAUUUUCCAUCGGAACUGCUGUCAUGGCGAUCUUCCCCAAUGUGUAUGUUGCAAUGGUGAUGAUCAGCAGCAUGGGCAUCAUCUCCAUGAGUAUCUCCUACUGUCCUUAUGCUCUGCUGGGGCAGUAUCACGAAAUUAAAGAGUACAUCCAGCACAGUCCUGGUAAUUCCCGGAGAGGCUUUGGCAUCGACUGUGCCAUCUUAUCCUGCCAGGUGUACAUCAGUCAGAUCUUGGUGGCCUCAGCUCUGGGUGCUGUAGUGGAAGCUGUUGGCAGUGUCCGUGUCAUUCCCAUGGUGGCCUCAGGUGGCUCCUUCCUUGGCUUCUUAACUGCCUGCUUCCUGGUCAUUUACCCGACUCCAAACAACCAGGAGGGUGACUCAGCCAAAGCUUCGGAGAAACGGGCCUUGACGACGCUGGAAAAUCCCAGCAGCAAUGAAGGGGCUGUUACUGUGGCGAUAGAGAAACCCAGCUUCCUGAAACUGAACAAGGAAGGCAAGGCCACCUCCACCACCACUUCCUGUCAUACGGAGAAUGAGUCCGCUCUGUAAUUGGCUGGAUGAAUCGACAGAAAUGAAUAAGCAACUGAAUACACUAUUAAAAUUAUCACUGAUGGAAAAAACUUGAGGAUGUGGGCCAGUGUCCUCUCCACUGUAGUUUACGGACACAAGGGGGAGGCUGGCGUGGGUUUGGUACAUCCUUGGUGUCUGUUCUCGCUUUGAUGGGCAAUUUGCUGAAGAAAACAACUCAAUCUCUCGGGGGACAUGUGUUUCACUAGACAGACUUAUCCUGCAAAAAUGCAUUCUGGUCCCAGUGCUGUUUCAGCCGUCACUGAAAUUCCUUCCACUUAGACCUCACGGACGUUUGAGUGAGCCGCCAGGGUCGCCUGGAAAUGAGAAAUUCUUUGGUCGUGGUUUUAACGAGAGGUCGUCUCUGUCUCUCAGGGCCUCCAGUAGGUGCCACCUGGGCAGGAAACUUCAGGGGACUUGCACAUAUACAUACACGCACAUCUCUUCAUCUUGGCUCAACACAAUCGAAUGAACACCUGAGUAACUGUUGAUGAACACUAGUUAUCGAAGCUGCAAUCAUUCAAAAAUGCUGAAAAUUGUUUUCCCUCACUGUGGAAUCUGCUCAAUUGAAUCUUUGCUCCAUGACGCCGAAGCAGAUAAACUUAAAGUGCGUGUGUGUGUCUGCUGACUUGGUGUCUCCAGCAGAGGCAUCGUGUUCACCAAAAUAAACCCAACAACUCACUCGGCUUUGCAGGACUUUUACAGCACUCUGUGACAGUAGCUUUAAGACUCUAGAGACUUUUGGAAGUGGCAUUUCUGAAAAACGUAAGAACGCAAAGCCCGGUCCCGGAGGGGAAAUAAGUCCUCAAAUUGAUUGCGAGAGUUUUUUGUUUUGUUUUGUUUUUGUUUUGUUUGUUUUUUUACCUCCCUCUUCCACGUGGCAGGAGUGCUUUAGUCCUUCACUCCAGGGCAGAGUUGAGAAUAUUUAAGAGCUCGAGCAAAAAGUUGCCUGUAUAUUGAGUCAAAAAUACAAAUGUGUAUUGAGUGAAAUUCCAGGAAAGAGAGUAUAGAUGCAAUAUGCAACAUACACAGGGCAUUAAAAUCCCAAAUAUUAUUUUCAUGAUUUAUUGAGGGCCCAGAGUGAUGCCUGUGUUUUAUUUGAAUAAUCAGACUAACCUACAUGCUGCAUGUUAGAGGAGCAGAGAGGAGAGAAACCAAACAGCCGAGAAGAAGAAAAGAAAGAUGUGGAGUGGUUCUUCUUCUUCUUCUUCUUCAGAAACUACUGUUAGCACAAUGUUUGUCACUAACUGCACAUUAGCUGAGCCAUUCUUGAAAGAGCGCUAAACAACAUUCAGUUUGAAAAGAUGUUCGGGGGUGUUGUUUGUCUUAGGACACCAGCAGGUGGGAGCUUCCGGACACUCUUCUGUUCCAGAGCUGAUAGUCCUUAAGAGAAGGAAAAACAAAUCCUUCUAGUUUUGAGUGUUAGUGGCCCAUAAGACCAGCUUUAGGCUCAUUACUUGGGCCUUGAUGGAGGGUUUGCACUCCUGUUUUAGGUGAGUUGAUCAUUACAUCUGUGUGUUUUAAGCUUACAGGAGAUUUAGAAUAGCAGGGUUGGAUGAGGAGCAGGAUGAAAGGACUGGAGAGUUGUUAUUACCUUUAAAAAGUAGUUUGAGGAAAUACAUUUAUUUGCUAUGUAGAAUCAGGCUCUCAUGUCUGUAUGCUAAAUAUGUAACGUACUACCAGGGGACUGUUAGCUUAGCAUAAAGACUCAUCAGUCUCAGUCUUAUUUAAGUCUUGGAAAGAAAG